GUGUUUUUGAUUCAGGCAGUGACAGGAGCAGCCUCCCAGUAAACCAGGUCAGCAGUCUGGGAACUCAGUUUCAGCAGUCUGGGCCCACAGUUAGACAUCAGCAGUCUGGCUCUACAGUUAGACAUCAGGUCCGCUUUCUCCACACGGAUUUACCGCGGCUCUAGUCUUCCACUCACAAAUACAGUUUCCCUUCUCCAGAGCCCAGCAACGGAUCAGCCCAGAGUCUAACUGUGGAGUUGUGGAGUCUGACUGCCCGAUCCAGAGCAGAGUCUAGCUGUGCCUGAGUCCGCCUAGCAGUGCUAACUGUACCUAGCAGAGUCUACAUGAGCCUAGCAGAGUCUAGCUGUGCCUAGCAGAGUCUACAUGAUAUCAGCCUGUGCCCAAGUCAGGACCAGAGUAUCAGAGUCUAACUCUAGCUGUGCCAGAUUAAAUGGCAGACAUUGAAGCAUGAACUUGCUGCAAACCCGGGCCGAAGUGUCCCCACCUGCUACCACGAUGCUGUUCCAGGCCGUGCUGUGUUUCCUUGCUGGGCUGCUGAAUCUCCAGACAGUUUCAGGGGAGGCCUGCCCCCCUCCCUGCACCUGCUACCUCCAGACUUACCCCGUCCGAGCCAAUGCCAUGGACUGCAUCAACAUCGGGCCCGACCCCGUCCCCGCCACCCUCGCGAAUGGGACGGAGAUUCUCAAACUGUACCAUAACAACAUCUCGCACGUGCCGGCAGACUGGUUCCGGGGCAGGGGGUACGUCCGGCUGCAGAUGCUCUACCUGUCCUACAACACCAUCAGAACUGUCGCUCCCUCCGCUUUCCGCCCGCUACGGCUGCUGCAGGCGCUGUACAUCGACUAUAACGACAUCAGCGAGCUUCCCGAGGGAGCCUUCGUGGAUCUGCACUCGCCGGUACUGAGUCUGAGCCAUAACAGGCUGGAGACACUGCGGGCGGGGGUGUUCGCUGGACACAUGCAGCAACUGGACAUUUCCUACAACAACAUAGCUGAGAUCCUGGCCGGGACGUUCCAGGGCCUCUGGAGUCUGGAGGUUCUGAAGCUGGACAACAACCGACUGGAACGCAUCGAGGCACAGGCCUUCGCAGGGCUGAGCAACAUGCGGUACCUUCACCUGGCUCAUAACCAGCUCACUACCCUGGCACCGGGGACCUUCACUGGGCUGGAGAAGGUGAUGUUUAUCUGGCUCCACGACAACGUUCUGGACCGGCUUCAGGACGGGACGUUUGACGACAUCGGCUCCAACGUUGUCGACACGAUCGACUUCUCCAACAACCACAUCGCCUCCGUCGGCCCCGCGGCAUUCCGGGGUCUGCGCGUCGUGAACGACCUGAAACUGUCGGACAACAUGCUAACCUCGGUGCCGACCGCUGCGCUGUCCAGCCUCCACCUCACACACCUGUACCUGGACUAUAACCCGAUCGCUCGGAUCGGUGCCCGCGCCUUCCGCGGCCUGGAGGGGCUGCAGAUCCUCUACCUCGCCAACAUGCCCGAACUCGCCAACAUCGAGGACUCCGCCUUUGGUAACCUGCACCACCUGAAGGAGCUGUACCUGUUCGGCAACUUCCUGCUGUCCACCAUCCACCGCGACGCCUUCCUGGGGCUCUGGUCGCUGCACAAACUCUCCAUGUGGCACACGGCGCUGUCCGGGCUCGAGCCCGACGUGUUCCGGCACCUGCGGAGUCUGCGCGAGCUGCUGCUCAACGGGAACGUCCUCUCCACGCUGGACUCCAGCAUCUUUAACUGCCUGGACUCGCUGGAGGAGGUUUACCUGUACGACAACCCUCUGCGCUGCGACUGCCGCCUGCGCUGGCUCCGCGCCUGGAUGGAGACGACAAACGUCAACUUCGAGCCCGACAGCCAAUGGCUGUCCUGCUUCUUCGGCGGCAGCUACCGCCGCGUCACCAGCAUCGCGCUCGACGAGUUCCGCUGCAACCAGACGGACGUCGCCGACCAGCCGACCUGCGAACCCAUCCCGACCUUUGAACCCUUGUUGCCGAGCACGCUGGAGCCGGAGCGACCUUUCGUUGCCCCGCCGACGGCGCCGGUUCGGAGCCAGCGGCUGAACGUGACGAAGAACAGCAUCACGGUGGGCUGGAGCGGCGUUCCGGACGGGCAGUACGUCGUGCGGUUUAACGUGAUUGGCUCGCCCGACGUGCAGGUCAGCGACCUGAAGCGCGACCCCGUCUUCACGCUGGACGGUCUGGCGGCUGGGCGGGUUUACAACAUCUGCCUGGUGCUGAUUGGUCCAGACCGGGGGAACCGCGCGCUGCAGUGCACGACGGUCUCCACGGCGAAGGAGAGCUCGAACACAGGAGUGAUCAUCGGCGCGGUGCUGGGUCUGCUCAUCGCGAUGCUCCUGCUGGUCUGCAUCCUCGUCUUCUGCUGCUGCAUCCGCCGCAAGAAGCAGCAGAACUCCGGCUCCGAGCUCCCCGUGCACUUCUCCGCCGCGAACGGGGAGAUAAAACACGACGGCGUGAACAGCGCGGGGACGGAGGAGAAGAGAAAGGGCCGGGCGCGGCCGGGCGGGAGCCAUGAGGCGGAGGAACCGUCCUACACGGACAUGGCCGAGGACAACCCGCUCAUCGUCAACGGCAAGGACGACGGCAAGCUCGGAGCCGUCUCCGAAAUGUUUACUAACACACAUGCUGAGGUCUGAGGCUACGAAAUGUUCACAAACACCCAAGCUGAGGUUUGAGGGGAAACUGAAGAGUUACGUAUUAGCGACUAUCUGGGGAUUUCAAUCAAAAACUAUGAAGUACAAAAUUAAUGUUAAUGUUAAUGACUUUCCCGAGAUUUGAAGUAAAAACUGUGACAGAAAUCUGAAUGUUAUUGACUCUCUGGAGGUUUGGAUGAAAAACUGUCAACUACAGAUCUGAAAGUGGAAACUGAACCUGUAGGAUCAACACGAAUCUUGACAUGGUCUGGUCAAUGUUAACAUGAGAACUGCUGUUGCCGUGGACAGUUCUAUUGUUGCUAAAGGAGGAACAAUCAUUGCUUAGGCAAGGAAUUGUUGCCAAGUAAAGGUGCUACUGUUGUUAUGGAAGAACAAUGUUGUUACUAAGUACAGGAAAUACUGUAACUAAGGAAGGUUCUAUUGUUACUAAGGAAAGUUGUAACUGUUGCUAAGGAAAGAGGAUAUUGUAACUAAGGAAAGGUUCUAUCGUUACUAAGGAAAGUUGUUAUGUUGCUAAGAGGAUAUCGUUACUAAGGAAAGGUUCUACUUAUGCCAGGAGUUGACUCUUGGCCAGAAGAAGAAAAGUUGCCCAGAAGUAAAUAUUCAUCUGAUACGUCAAAGUCGAGGUAGUUUUAUCAAGGUCAAGGUGAAGGUUAUACAAACAGCUGGCUGAUUUUCUUUUGUUCCAUUUGUGCUAAGCUGAAUGAGUAAGCUGAAUGAUUAUUAGAUGAAAUUUCAAGCAAACUACUAAAUCUUAAAUAACCGAUGCCUUUCUAACAAUACUAAUAUAAAGUUUAAAAUGUAGGCUUCAAACAUAGUUCACAUGAUACCAUGUCUAAGUGGCUGAUAUGGCUAUAAGAUAUAAGACAAUCUGCAAUCUGUACUGAAUUCAGCCACCCUUUGAGAUUGAACUAUUGAACUACUACAUGAAUAAAUACAUGAGACAAUGACUUUGCCCCAGUGUAGCACUUCUUAUGGACAAUGGUUACAUAUUAGGUAAAUUGUGGGACACAUGUUUGCCAUGGUUUAGUCCAAACUGACAUAGAUUUUGUCUGAACAUGUCCCUCUUCCUGUAGGUUUCCCAAUCAGGUAAAUAGUAAUUGUGACCAUCAGAACAAACCUUUACACCAGGGCUACUGUAUUAAAACCUUGUGCCACUCAUCAUGGGUUAAAUUUUC